CGUCCGAGAAAGGGCGAAGGGAGCGCAGCUGCGCGCGCGCAGAACGCGUGGCGGGCGCGCGGCAAAAGCCAAAUCUCGGGCGGGGAGUGAGUGAGCUCACGAGACGCGCUUCGAGCGCAGUCGACGCCGGCCCCUUUCGGGGGCGCUCUCUCGUGGCAGCCGAGGCCGAGGCCACUUUUACGAGGCGCGAAGAACCCUUAGCCUGUGUAAGAGCCUGGCCGGGCCCGGGAAGUUCUUGGGUAUGUGGUAACGGCCCACAGCGGCCUGGUUCUCCCCUGAGGUCCGCGCUUCGUUGCCUUAAUUUUCCGAGGGAGAGUUACAGCCCCGGCGCCGGCGCUCCGCAGCUGCACCCCCAACCCCGAGGGCCAGGCCGUGGCCGCUUGCGGGCCGCGAGGGUGCGAGGGAGGGCGGGGGCGCGCCGGUGCAGACCCGCCUCCCGGGCUGAGCGGCGCGGGGCGCGGAGCUGCCUCUGGCCGCACCCCCUCCUGGAACACCCCCCUCCCCACUCCCUCUUGGGACACCUCCCCACUUGGGACACCUCCCCCACUUGGGACCCCCUCCCGCCCCGGGAAGGAAAGCUGCGCUUGGGUCUGCAGCCUCCCUCGGACCCAGGCUUCGCGGUUGCCAUGAAAGCAAGACUUGUCCCAUGGAGAUAUUUCUUGUCCCGUCGUGUCUUCGGGAUCCCAGCGAGUUUCUGCUUUCUAAGGCCUGACUGCACCUCGGGGGUAGAGGCUGGAGUCACGGCCCUCGGUGAGGCGUCUGUGUUCACUGAAUCUUGGCAUCGGAGAAAGUGGAAGGAUUCCAGCGCCCGUAGCUGCCUGUACCUUCUCGGCUUUUCUGAACCCGAUUCCUUCGUUUGCACAUCCGCAGGCUAUCGUUUGGAAGUAUGAGUUUAAAACCCUUCACCUACCCGUUUCCAGAGACGAGGUUUCUUCACGCAGGACCCAAUGUGUAUAAAUUCAAAAUUAGAUACGGCAACAGCAUCAGAGGGGAAGACAUAGAGAAUAAGGAAGUCAUCGUCCAGGAGCUGGAGCACCAUUUUCCAGAUAAAAGCAAGUGGGAGAGAGUGUCCCAUCUGAAAUUCAAGCAUGGGGAAAUUGUCUUGGUCCCCUACCCAUUUGUUUUCACUCUAUAUGUGGAGAUGAAAUGGUUUCAUGAAAACCUGUCACCUGGGGAGCCAAUAAAUGACAGUCCUCCUGGCUUGGUCCUAGCAGAGAGGAAAGCAGCAGGAGCCAUGACGAGGAAACGAAAACGAGUGGAAGUGCCCAGCUCCCCCAGCAGGCCAGCGCUGGACAGGACCAAGAUGGGGAUUUCCAGCCAAGGCCCCAGCAAAAAGAAGCCCCUUAUGGAUACCAGGAGGAAUGGAGAAAGAAAAACCCAGCAGGAAUGGCAGGACACCCCAACAUUUAACACCACUGAUAUCCAGGAACAGGCUCUCUCUUCCCCUUCCGCUAUUUCUUCAGAAGGAGCAGCCAGUGAGCCUUCCAGAUGCAGCAGGGAAGCGUGUCCUCUCGCACUGACUUCACAUUCCGUCCUCUGUCAUGGGGAACGCGGGCUCCAAACUCCCGGAGUCCCCUUGUGGGUUUGUCUUAUCCUUUGCCCCUUUACAAUGGAUUUUUUUUUUUUUUUCAAUUUAAAACACUAAGAAAAGAACUUCCUAAAAUGUUCCAGUCUGAGAGCUGUACUGCUCUAAGGGCCAGUUUAGGUCUUUCAUCUCCAGCACUUAGGAUCCUAAUGAAAAUAAAUUAUUUAUGAAGAGUUAUUG